ACACACGAAGCCUUUCUGGUAAGCCUUGUGAACUAUUGCAGCCUUCAAGGUUGCUCCGAUGCCGGUCUGCCUGCUGUUCACGCUGAAUUACUGCUGCUGCUAUCUGAGUUGCGCGUGGCUCACGUCUAUCCUUUCCGUUGCCAGACUAAUUCUGUUACUAAUGCUGCCGGCGCCACUGCUUCUACGCCCAACAUGCUUUCUGCAGCCGUGGUACCGGCAGGUCAAGCACUGCCAGAGGCCGCCUCUUCUUCGGCUGUCCCAACUUCUGUAUUACCAGCCAUGGCAACCAACCCUUGUCGGCCAAUUAUUUUAACCACUCCAAGUUAUCUGGGCCUCGCCAAUCUCAACGUUGUAACUAGGCUUCUCGAUUCUGUUCCUUUACUCCGAAGUCUGCUUCUCACUCGACCAAGCACAACAUUUUUACCUGGUCCUAUGUGGCAUAUAAAGUGCAUGCUUAGAGAUCUCAUGUCGUGUCUGGAGACCUUGUCUCCUCCGUACAUGCAUCCUUUGGAACUUCCGCAACUCGUCUCCUCGAUGACUGCUGGCCAGCUGCAAGACACUCUUUCUCUCACCUCUCUUGCCAACACCACAGUCCUGCCUGGAGUAUCUGUGACCGGGAUUUCUUCUCAUGCAGCAUCAAAGACUACAACACCGCGCAAGAUGCUUUCCCAACUUGCAUUUGGGCAUGUCACACAGGAACGUCGUUAUCGACUUCGGCGAGUGCUACUCCUCCGCUGCUUGUGCACCUCACUAUCCUCAUGUCUUCAUCAAUGUCUCUCUACAGGAGGUUGGCUUGCCAGAGGACCUCAGUCACCAAUACAGUUUGCCUCCGUUACCUUGUCCCAAAGUAGCCAGACACAAAGUCAUCUUCGGCAGCAUGCUCAUUAUCACCAUCAGCAGUUUAACGUUCCGGGAGCAUCGGCAACUCCUUCCACCCGAAUUCAACAGUCUUUAGCGGGCAACGGCGUGCCUAUGUUUGCUCUCUCUUCUGUGGUUGCAGUCCCUGCCACUCUGGUCACUCCGAGAGCAGCUUCCCGUAUUAAUAGUUCAGGACAACCUCUAAUCCCGAAUACUGAGCCUUCGAAGUGGCCCGGCCUUACCUGCCUCCAACCUCUGCUGUCCCCACGCCAUCCUGAUCCGGACGCCAGCGCAUUAUUAAAUUGCACUUCGGAUUGUUCACCGGCUCCAGCUUCUUUUUCAGCCUCAGUUGGUACUGCAGGUCUCGAUCUUGGUUGUCCAUCCCGUAGUUGGCUCUGUGCUAACAGUCAAAGCAGCAGUGGUAGCAGCUGUAGUUGUUGCGGAGGGUCGGGCGAGAGUAAGGCCGGAGUCAGGUGCAGUGUAUCUGGCACUGGUUCUGCUCCCAGCCGCUCCAAAGCCACUUGGGGUGGCUGUGGAGCUUGUAGCCCAAUCAACUUUGGUGGCGUCUCACAGAAGCGGCUGAUAGGCUUUCUGGCCGAAGCUUUGGUCGGUAUUUAUCUUGGCCUCUUAGUGUAUGCCUUACAGAUGCGCGAUGCCGGUGGCCUAUACCGACUAGCCUCUUGUCGUUUAGCAACGACAAAAAGCUGGAUUCGAGUCUUCGGAGGCGGCCAUCGGGUCCGGCCCUUCCGACCGCCUGCUCUUCUUUCCACCUCUACAGCGACAACUUCGUCGACCUCUGCUGAUGCUGCCAUUGUGGGUACAUUGACAGGUCAGCUUGUACAGCCUUCAUCAGAAAUAUCAGACUCCUCUUCGAGCCAGGAGCAUGCCUCCUCAGUCACUGUUGUUGCGAAGCCUCAAAUCAUAAGCCGGAAGAACAGUCCAGUGCGUGCGGCACAGCCGCCCGCACAAACCUCUUCAAUGCCACCUCCUCCGCGACCUCCACCCAGGUAG